CCCGAACUAGCACAAUGAAGGCCGCUGUGAUCAUUCUGUUCCUGUCUCUUUUCGUGGCUAUCUACGCCGAUUCCAACUGCGAUCCCAAUGGUGAUGGGCAGCCCGACUGCACAGGACGCUCCGGGGAGAUAUCCCGUGACUUCUGGGAUCCCACCCAUUACUGGGAGUGCAAUAGUUCCGGAAAGGCUGGUCUCGUUGCAUGCGAACAGGGUACGGGAUUCGAUCCCAAAACAGGAGCGUGUGUGCCCUGGCUCGAGUGGCAGUGGUAUCCACCAUGUCCCGAGGAAUCUACUUGAAAAAUAAACUUUGAUGCUUGAUAAAA